AUGCGGGACGGCAAGCCUUCGAUCAUCGUGGGAACAUCAGGCCUAAACGAUGACCUUGGCCGAGUUGAUUAUGUUCUGGCUGAUAAGACCGGAACCUUGACAGAGAACCGCAUGGCGUUCAGAAUGUGCAGUAUCGGCGGCAUACAGUAUGGGGGUGACGAGAUGGGAUACACCACUGAGAGUGUGAACUCUGCCACUCUGUACGCAUUAUGGAGCAGUGAAGUGCUUCCCAACGCCGCAGAGAACUGCUCACGUGAUGCAGCGUUGCUAGAGUAUCUGGGAGUACCGGCCAUCACAAGUCCCCAGGAGGCUUUCGUGCAUCUUUUCAUGUUGACAUGUGCGAUAUGCAAUACUGUCAUACCCGAGGCGUCGACUAAAUCUCCGCUCGGAGUCCGUUUUGAAGGCACUAGCCCAGAUGAGGAAGCGUUGGUGGAAAUGGCGGCGAGCUCAGGAUACAUUCUCACUUCCCGAACUGCGAACUACGUGACAUUGAAGAUAUUACGGUCUAUCCCCGGACGAGAGGAGUCGCAGUGGCAGGAUACUACAUUCAAAAUUCUUGGUGUCAAUGAGUAUACUUGCGAGCGCAAGCGCAUGAGUGUUCUCGUCCAAGCGUUGAAGACUGAUGAUGGCGGCACAGGUCAUAUUCUCGAUAGUACGGGGUCUAUGCUGCUGGCUAAAGGUGCAGACGACGUGAUGCUCGAACUUUGCCAGAGAGGCGCUGGAGACGGUACAUCGCUAGCCUUAUGUGGGAUACCCGUGCGCGGCGUGCGAGCUGAGACGGUUUCCGACAUCAAUGAUUUCGCGUCAGCCGGCAAUCGAACGCUCAUGCUAGCGAUGCGGUUUCUUGACGAAGUCGAGACCUCAGAGUAUCUGGGAGCCUCGAAUGAAGCGAGGCACGCUAUAACAAAUCGAGCAGAUCGGUUUGUCCGUGUAGCCGAGAAGUUCGAGAAGAACCUUAUCGUGCUUGGAGCCACAGCUGUGGAAGAUAAGUUACAACGCGGCGUCAGUACAACAAUUUCGCGACUUCUGAGUGCUGGUGUCAAGGUUUGGAUGCUCACGGGAGAUCGGUAUGAGACGUCCUUGAACAUUGCUCGAGCUUCUGAACUUUUGCCUCUGGAUGCUCUUUUGUCGGACCUCCGCCGUGAAUGCGAGACGAAAAUGACGAGUGAAGAAUCGGAUGCCUUUGUACGCGAAAAACAGAAGACAUUCGAAAGGGAUUAUCUGCAGUGGGUGGCCCAUGGGAAAACGAAGCACCUUUGCGUCGUACUGGACGGCUCUGCUAUAUCCUGCUUCUCAACAUCUAGAGAAAAUUUGGGAAUUCUUGCCAAUUUCACCAUCACAGAAGGCGCUGAUUACUCGGCUGCUGAAAGAAGCAGAUGA